GAAAAUUCCCGCGCAAUCUGUACACUAUAUUCCCUCUAACCUCCCACUUCCCAUCACCACACACUCUCUCCCUCCCCCUCUCUCUCUCUAUAGCCUUUCUGUUUCCUCUCCUCAUGGCCCCGUCUCGCCGUCAGAUCAGCGGAAGGUCUCCAUUGGUGAAUCCUCAGCGUCAAAUCACCUCCUUCUUCGGCAAAUCCGCUUCAUCUCCUUCUCACUCUCCUUCACCACUCUCCAAUCACAAAACCCCCAAAUCCAAUCCUAACCCUAAUUCUCCGUCUCCGUCACCUCUCUCCAACACCAAAACCCCCAAAUCUAACCCUAACCCUAAUUCUCCGCCUCUCUCCAAUAGCAAAGCUCCCAAAUCUAACCCUAACCCUAGCUCUCCGCCUCUCUCCAAUAAGAAAAUCCCCAAAUCGAACUCUCCUGCUCGUAGUCCCAGCCCUAGUCCGACGACUCCUUCUCCUGUUCAUCCCAAGCUAAAGAAGCCACUCCUCGUCAUCGGACAGACACCUUCGCCUCCCAAAUCGGAGGAAACUAAGUACGGAGACGAGGUGGUGGGGAAGCAAGUUAGGGUUUAUUGGCCGUUGGAUAAGAAAUGGUAUGAUGGGACCGUGACAUCCUAUGAUAAGGGUGAAGGUAAGCAUAUGGUUGAGUAUGAAGAUGGAGAAGAGGAGUCUUUGGAUUUGGGGAAGGAGAAGAUUGAAUGGGUUGUUGGGGAAAAAUCAGGAGCAAGGUUUAAGCGAUUGAGACGAGGAGCUUCGUCUUUCAGAAGAGUUGUGACUGAUGAAGAUGAUGAGGAUGUGGAGAUGGGUAAUGUGGAAGAAGAGAAAGAAAAUAAAAGUGAAGAAGGUGAUUCUAGUGAUGAGGACUGGGGAAAGAACGUGGGGAAGGAGGUAUGUGAGAGUGAAGAAGAUGAUGUGGAGUUGGAUGCUGAGGAUGAUAUGAUGAAUGAAGAGGAGAUGGUGGAGGAGAAAGAUGAAGAGACUCCUUCCAAAACUGACUCUAGAAAGCGGAAGAAGACUAGUGAAGUAACUAAAUCAGGUGGUGAGAAGAAAAGCAAGACUGAUAAAGAAAGUAUCUUGAAAGGUUUUAAGGCUUCUGUUGUGGAACCUGUGAAGAAGAUUGAAGAAGCUGAUAGGGUGGUCAAGGGUUUGGAUGAUAACAUGUUGGAUGGGGAGGCUCUUGCUAGAUUUGGUGCUCGUGAAUCUGAGAAAUUUCGCUUCAUGGGAGUAGACCGAAGAGAUUCAAAAAGGAGACGCCCCACCGAUGAGAAUUAUGAUCCAAGGACACUCUACCUUCCUCCUGAUUUUGUCAAGAGAUUAACAGGAGGCCAGAGACAAUGGUGGGAGUUUAAAUCAAAACAUAUGGACAAAGUUCUUUUCUUCAAGAUGGGUAAAUUCUAUGAGCUUUAUGAGAUGGAUGCGCACGUAGGAACCAAGGAACUUGAUUUACGGUACAUGAAGGGAGAACAACCACAUUGUGGAUUUCCUGAGAAGAAUUUCUCUGUAAACGUCGAGAAAUUAGUUCAAAAGGGCUAUCGGGUUUUAGUGGUGGAGCAAACAGAAACACCUGAUCAGCUGGAGCGACGCCGAAAAGAGAAAGGCUCCAAGGAUAAAGUUGUGAAGCGUGAAAUAUGUGCAGUUGUUACAAGAGGCACGCUGACAGAUGGGGAGAUGGUAUUAACUAAUCCAGAUGCAUCUUAUCUGAUGGCGUUGACUGAAGGAGGAGAGAGUUUAACUGACGAGAAAGCAGAGCGCAAUUUUGGUGUAUGUUUGGUUGAUGUUGCAACAAAGAAGAUUAUCCUGGGGCAGUUCAAGGAUGAUCAAGAUUGCAGUGCAUUGUCUUGCGUGCUCUCUGAGAUAAGGCCGGUGGAAAUUAUUAAACCAGCUAAUGUGCUGAGUUCUGCAACAGAGAGAACAAUAAUAAGACACACCAGAAAUCCCUUGGUAAACAAUCUGGUUCCACGUUCUGAAUUCUGGGAUGCAGAGAAGACCAUACAUGAAAUUGAAAAUUUCUACAAGGGAAUCAGUUGUCAACCGUCCGGUGAGGGAAAGGUUCUUGGGGAUCCAUCCCUUAAACAUGAAAGUGGUUCAAGCUUCCUACCAAAAAUGUUGUCUGAAUUAGCGAAUGGAGAUAAGAACGGUAGCCUGGCACUUUCUGCUCUCGGUGGUGCCAUUUACUACCUGAGACAAGCUUUCUUGGAUGAGAGUCUACUUAGAUAUGCGAAGUUUGAAUCCCUGCCUUGCUCUGAUUUCAGCAACUUUACUGAGAAACAGCAUAUGGUUCUUGAUGCUGCUGCUCUGGAAAACCUUGAGAUAUUUGAAAAUAGCAGAAAUGGAGGCGUUUCGGGAACGCUGUAUGCACAAUUGAAUCAAUGUAUCACUGCGUCUGGGAAGCGGUUACUGAAAACAUGGCUGGCAAGACCUUUAUAUAAUCCAGAACUGAUCAAGGAACGUCAAGAUGCUGUAGCAAUUCUUCGGGGGGAAAAUCUCCCAUACUCGCUGGAAUUCCGGAAGGCGCUGUCAAGACUUCCAGACAUGGAACGAUUGAUUGCACGUAUCUUUUCUAGCAUUGAAGCUAGUGGAAGAAAUGGAGAUAAAGUGGUUCUGUAUGAGGAUGUAGCAAAGAAGCAGCUACAAGAGUUCAUUUCAACUCUACGUGGUUGUGAAACAAUGGUAGAAGCAUGCUCUUCCCUUCGUGCUAGUUUGGAGCAUGAUAAAUCCAGACGCCUGCGUCAUUUACUUACUCCUGGUCAAAGUCUUCCAAACAUCUCAUCCUCCAUUAAGUAUUUCAAGGAUGCUUUUGACUGGGUAGAAGCUCACGAUUCUGGACGUGUAGUACCUCAUGAAGGAGCUGAUGAAGAGUAUGAUUUUACCUGCAAAACGGUAAACGAAUUGGAAAUCAGUUUGACAAAACAUCUGAAGGAGCAACGAAAAUUACUCGGAGAUGCAUCAAUAAAGUAUGUUACAGUUGGGAAAGACGAAUACCUUUUGGAAGUUCCUGAAAGUUUAAGUGGGAGUGUUCCCCAGGAUUAUGAAUUAUGUUCAUCCAAAAAGGGUGUCUUUCGAUAUUGGACUCCUACCAUCAAGAAAUUAUUAAAAGAGCUAGCACAAGCGAAAUCUGAAAAAGAGUCGGCUCUAAAGAGCAUUUCCCAAAGAUUGAUUGGACGUUUCUGUGAGCAUCAAGAAAAAUGGAGACAAUUGGUUUCUGCAACAGCUGAGCUGGACGUGUUGAUCAGCCUCGCUUUUGCAAGUGAUUCUUAUGAAGGAGUAAGAUGCCGCCCAGUAAUAUCAGGCUGUACAUCUGUUGGUGUUCCACACUUGUCCGCCACUGGUCUAGGGCAUCCGGUAUUGAGGGGUGAUUCACUAGGCAGAGGCUCUUUCGUACCAAAUGAUGUGAAGAUUGGUGGUUCUAAGCAGGCGAGCUUCAUCCUCCUCACAGGCCCUAAUAUGGGUGGAAAAUCAACUCUUCUUCGCCAAGUUUGCUUGGCUGUGAUCUUGGCUCAGAUUGGAGCAGAUGUCCCAGCAGAAACCUUUGAGCUUUCGCCUGUUGACAGAAUUUUUGUCCGGAUGGGUGCAAAAGAUCAUAUUAUGGCAGGACAAAGCACAUUUUUGACAGAACUUUCAGAAACUGCUUUAAUGCUGUCAUCAGCAACCCGAAAUUCUCUGGUGGUGCUAGAUGAGCUUGGACGAGGAACAGCCACAUCAGAUGGGCAAGCCAUUGCGGAAUCCGUACUUGAGCAUUUCAUAGACAAAGUGCAUUGCAGAGGAAUGUUCUCUACUCAUUAUCAUCGUCUCUCGAUGGAUUAUCAAACCAAUCCAAAGGUAUCGCUUUGCCAUAUGGGAUGUCAAGUGGGAGAAGGAAGCGGUGGAGUAGAAGAAGUUACAUUUCUAUAUAGAUUGACGCCUGGUGCAUGUCCUAAAAGCUACGGAGUUAACGUUGCUCGCCUAGCUGGUCUUCCAGAUGAUGUACUUGAGAGAGCCGUGAUUAAAUCCCAAGAGUUCGAAAGCUUAUAUGGUAAUAACCAUAAAAAGGCCGAUCGUAAAAUGGCAGAAAUGAUAAAGCAGAUCAUCGCUGGGGUUGCAUUAGAUUCUGAUACUCCAACUUCAAAGCACUCGUUGUCUGAGCUACACUACAAGGCUAGCACUUAUCUCCGGUUACCAAUUGAUUGAGUCUUUUAGAUGCUAUACGCUUUUCUGGUGCAUCCUUCUGUUUUUUUAACCAAAGCUCUACCGAUGAGAGUCCUCGUGUUAAACUAAAAGCUCUGAGUAUAGACACUUUGGGGUUGUGGUUUUAGCUCCUAUUGUGAAGUUUUUGGGGGUGUUUUCAGACUCUUUGUAGUAAGUAGCAUGUUACAGGGAUUCGAGUGGAGUUAACGAUCGUUAAAAGGAGUAGACGGAAGUGGUUGUUACUAACGGAAGUGGAGAGCCAGUCAAAUAAUAACACGUGGCGGAUUGGUUCUGUUUACUUUCUGUUUGUUACAACGAGUAUAAAAACAGAGUAGCUUAUUUUUUUACAUUCAUUCGAAAAGUAUUGUAAUCUCUAAAACUCUGUUGAGUAAUUCUCAAUAAAAUUCUUGGUUCAUUCUUG